CUCAGAUUUAAGUUAACUUAUAGGAAGAGACGCGGCAUUGAAUUUCUCACCCCCAAUCUGUUUUUUGGCAACCUCAAAAAUGCCGUGUUAUUCCGUUCCCCACCGUCAUGGCACAUCGGCGACUUACACAAGAUGGCUCCUCCGGAAGCGCCAUUUAUUGGUUUUUACAUCUUUCAUAAGCCGUGUCUACUAUUACGGGAUCCAGAAAUAAUUAAACAAAUCAUGAUCAAAGACUUCGAUACUUUCACCGAUCGCUACUUUGCUGGCUUCCAUCAGAAGGACAGUAUGGGCAUGAAAAAUUUGUUUGGCAUAAAGAAUCCGACCUGGAAAUAUGUGCGGUCUAAGAUCAACCCUACUUUAACGAAGAGCAAGUUGAAAAAUAUGUUUCCAUUGAUGAUAGAGAUUACAGAGCCAAUGAUGAAAUAUAUAAACGAUCAACUAAAUAAUCAAGAAACUGUAAAAGUGUUGGAUGCUCAAAAUAUUUAUUAUAAGUGUACAACUGAUCUGAUCGCUUCAAUAGCGCUCGGUACUAAAAUAGACUCUUUUUAUCAUCCAAACGAAUUUACGGAUGCAAAUACUUUUUUUUAUUUAAAGUAACUAAUUAAAGAUUAGUCUUAUUUGACCAUAUCUGGAUCUUUGUACUAUUAUUUAAUAAUUUUAUAUUUUAUUUAUAUUUUGCAAUUUUAUUUUUUUAAUCAACCCAAAGAAAGGUAGCUUAUUGUCGCCAGUUAGAUCAAAACAAAUGAACAACUGUUCAGUCGACUAACUGGCAUAAUCUUUGUUAAAGUUUCAAUCACAACGUUUCGACCAUUGGAUUUGGUCUUUUUUAAGUAAAUUACAGUCAUGAAGUAAUUGCGAGACAAACACCGUUAACAAGUCCGUAAAUUAAUGAACAAUUUCUAAGAUGUACAAAAACGCGUGUAAAAAAAAAUGCAACAUAAAAAGAAUUCUUAGUAUCAAAAGCAACGCAAUGAGUAAAAAUGUAGCAUAGUCAAAUUCAUUUAAACAGAAAUAUGUUUUGUAUAGUUCUUAUUCAGUGAUUAUUCAGUGAUUAUUCAGUCUCUUGUUUGCUUUCACACACUAAACGUUAAAUUUACUAAAGCGUCAAAUUUAACCUAAGUAAUAUAUAUUCCUGAAAUUUUGAAAGUUUAUACUCACACACACAAAUUAACUUCUCUACAAAAAUAGUGAUAUCUAAAUAUUUUGCGCCAAUUAUAAGAAUUAAUAUUUUUAUUAGGAACUAAAACGUUAUUACUAUUCGUUAGUCAAUUUUUAUAAUACAAAACAAUUUUUUAGAUUUGACACUAUAAAAUGAGAGUAUUGCGUUUUUUUCUCUACAAAAGUAAAUAUAUAUAUAGAAAAUGCGCCAACUAUAAAGUAGAUGUUUAUACGAACUAGAACAUCUAGUUUAUUAUUUUUUGGCUGGCAUUUAUAGUUUGAUUUUUCAUUAAGCCCGUAUCAAACUAGAAAUUGAUAUUAAGAUUGAAUUAAAAUGUAACUAAUUAGUUGGUCAAAUUCUAAUUCAAUCUCAAUCUUAAUCUCUAGUCUGAUAUGGUUUUGAUUAUUUUAAGUUUGUCUUUAGAUACCAUUUCGUUAAUUAGGAAGUAUUUUAACGAUAAAGUUAAACAGAUUCUUAAAUAUAAGAUUAAACUAAUAAAUAAAUAAAAAAAUAUUAGCCUUUUGUAUUAAAUUAUUGACUGCUGUGCGCCGAUAUGAGGCUGCUGUGUGCCUGCAAUAAACAAUUGUCAGGAAGGAUAUUGGCAAGAAAUAAAGGAGAUAAUAUUGAGCUGGCAAAUAAGUUUUAAUAC